AUGUCUGUCUCUAAAACUGACUUGGAGGCAAGCUCAGGCAAUGCGAACAGUGAGCGGCAUGAGGAAUGCUGGUUGGAGAUGACUUCUAGGCUUGACGACCUUUUUACUGGCAAUUCACUCACAGGAGAGGCGACCUGUGGCAUCCAGGGGCGUAGUCCACCUGACAGAAACCGAACGCCAAGUCACAUUCGCUUCGGGCGGCAGAGCAAGAGUUUUCCAGGCGGGGAGACUGGAAGAACUGGCUCUGGGCCCAUAUGGGCACUUCCGGGCGGCGGCCGCGCACCUGCCUCGCGUCACGCCUGCCGGGCGGCCCGCGCCUGCGCACGGAGAGGGCGGGCCCAGCGCCCGCUUCCGGGGCGGGGAGCGUCGGCUAUUAGGGCGGCGGACGCCGAAGUGCGGGCGGUGGGGUCUUCGCAGGAGCUGCUUCAUUUGUCGGGAUUCCUGCUCUCCUACCGGAGCGAGAUGGACGAGCGCGCGGCGGCGGCGGCGGUGGCCGACGGGCCUGACGGGCUCCGGGAGCGGCGAGUCUUGGGAGAAGCGGAGGGGCCGCAGCAGAACCACUGUGUGCGACCCCAGUCCGGGCCGAACGGGGUCCCGAAGCACUCGUACUGGUUGGAUCUUUGGCUCUUCAUCCUCAUAGAUGUGGUGUUGUUCAUCUUCGUGUAUCUUUUGCCCUGACUGAUUUGCUGAUACCAGAAUUGAGAAGUUUGCUUGUGAAGUGGACUCGGAAAAUGACUACACACUUCUUGGAUGAAGACCACCAGAUUAUGCUGCAGCCAAAUUUCACAUCUCAAAAGGACUUUUUCAUUUAACACUGUGUUCCAUCAUUUGGAAAACUACAUUACAUGGAUAAUCUCACUUAUUCAUAACUAAUUUCUUAAAUUCUUUGAUGUUUAACAACUUUUCAGAUAUCUCAUUGCUUUACAUGGGCUGAACAUAUCAGUAUUUUCUACUAAACAUUUAGUGUGUUCUUCAAGUAAAAUAAGGUAAUAUCUUUCCAAAUUUUAAGGGUUAAAUAGGGUUUAAUGUGAUACAGAUAACAUAAUGAAUAAUAAUGUGAGGUAUGCACAAAUUCAAAGUAAAUUAUUGAGGGAGAAAUUCUGAGAGAAGGAACAAAGUGUACUUUUAUUGGCCUUAAAUGCUUUUUAGAUUAAGUUGGACUGUUAUGGAAUGUCGUGGUUGGCAGGUUAAGAGUCUUUAAAAGACAGUAGAUAACAACUACUACAAAUCUAGCCUACAGGCCCUUUUACCUGGAUGCCUUCCUUUAAUUCCUUUUAUAUUCUUAAGCUCCCUGAAAUAAGUUUGUGUUUCAAAUCUGUUUGUUAGUUGCAUUCAACUGUAUUUCUGACCAAAAUAUAAAUUUUUUGUGAUGUUUGUAGCUUCCUUA